CUUGUCCUUCACAAGGAGGGGAGGAGGCACCACGAGGAAGGGAGAGGCUGACUCCUGAGGAAGUCAUGCAAAUAUGAGGGAGCAGCAGAGCAAGCCGCGUCUGUUUGACCAGCUGAUCAUUCCUUUAGAGGAGGGAAGUCAGGGAGGGGAGGAGUGAUCACUGAUGCUCCACUAAUCUGCAUCACAGAGCAAAAAGCGGACGGCCGAAACAGCAGCUGCAGUGGGGGAAGGAGGACACCCUUUCCCUGCACAGGAUGGGAAGACGGGAGAGGAAUUGAGACCUUUGGAGGGGCGAAAGCAUCAACGACACUUUAUUUUUAGAGGAAGACUAAUAACCAAACGAGAAGGAAGAGGAACCUCAGAGGCAGUCGCAGCAGCAGAUUGUUUUGUUUUGUUUUUUUUUUUCUUUUAAACUCGCAACCGUGUGCAGCGAUGUCCUGGUUGUCUCCGGUGCAGUGGGCCAAAUGGACAUGGUCAGCGGUGACGGGGGGCUCAGGAGAUGACGGGCACAAUGAUGACAAUUCAGACUCUGAAGGGACCUACGAGACCCCAGAGGCAGAGUCUCCAGGUGUUGUGAAAUUGCUGAGUCAGCUGGACAACUCCACGCAUACAGACCAAGAUGUCGAUGAGAAUUCCAGCCUGGAUGAGUUUGACGCCCUCAACAACCUGACUGGCUCAUCCCCCAACAACAACAGCCUUGGCCUGAACCAGAACCUCAAUCUGACUUUAACACCCUGGAUCUCAUGCCACCCAGACACCGCAUCACCUGCGCAACGACCUCCAUCUCUACCGGUCCACUCCCCGCUGAACACACCGGAUCCUUCGGAGGUGGAUGAUGAGGCGCCCGUGAUCUCUAACCAGAGCCCCGACUCAAACCUGGCUCCCAGCCAUGACCUCUGCGUGCAUCACGACUUGCUCAAUGGCAAUGUGAACUUCGAUUGUGCAAAAUCCGCCUGCUACCAGGAGGGAAGCAUUAUUACCAACUCGAGUAAAGUAAAGCCGGAGCAGCCGAUGCAGAAGGACCUUGGUGGGCAGGAUGAUCGUGGUGACCAUGCUACUGAUGAGGAAAAGUUGGCCAGCAGCACAUGUGUCAUAGACAAGGACCAAAGCGCCCAAAUUUGCCACGCGUCUUCCACACCAGAAGAACCAGACAGCUGCACACCGCACAAUGAAGACCCGAGUACGUGGAAGAACAAAUCAGGAGGAAGUAGCGUGCAGAAAACGGGAAACGAGGUGCUGAACUCCAUCUGCAUCAGCGAGGAGGAGAAAAAGGCUGUUCUAACCCUGAUCAGAGAGGAGAUUAUUACUAAAGAGGCGGAAGUGAACGACUGGAAGAGGAAGUAUGAAAACAGCAGACAGGAAGUCAAUGAGAUGAGAAAAAUUGUUGCAGAGUAUGAGAAGACAAUUGCUCAGAUGAUUGAGGAUGAGCAGAGAAACAGCCUGAGCUCCCAGAAGGCUCUGCAUGCUGUAACCAUGGAGAAAGAGGCGGCGUUGACAGACCUCAACUCAACAGAACGCUCGUUGUCUGAUAUUUUUCGGCGCUAUGAGAACAUGAAGAGCACCCUUGAAGGCUUUAAGAAAAAUGAAGAGGUGCUGAAAAAAUGUGCUCAGGAGUAUCUGGCCAGAGUCAAGCAGGAGGAGCAGAGGUACCAGACACUUAAAGUCCACGCAGAGGAGAAGCUGGACAAGGCCAAUGAAGAGAUCGCACAGGUUCGCGCUAAGGCAGGCUCGGAAAGCUUGGCGCUGACUGCCAGCCUGAGGAAGGAGCAAAUGAAGAACGAAUCUCUGGAACAAGCCCUGCAGCAGAAGAAUCAAGAGAUUGAGGAGCUCACAAAGAUCUGCGAUGAGCUCAUUGCCAAAAUGGGAACAAUCGACUGAGACAAGCAUCCUGUGGUUCGGUCAUGACAACUGUGCAUGCCUCCAGCCAACGAGAUGUCCAAGCUCCUCCCACCCCAUGCCAGCCUGCCCCCGCAGCUGCCUCCACACAGGUGUCUCUGACGGCUUCCUGUUUCUGAGCUCAUGCUGCGAGGAACUUAUUUUUUUUUUUCACAUGUAGUUGUCCAUUUUGAUUGCAUUUUGUGGACUCCUCGUGUUUUUUGGGGCUAUUCCUGCCAGUGGACAACAACAAUGACGCUCUUGUGGUUCAAUUUGAAAUCCCCAACAGCUUAAGGGCGUAAAUGUCAUGCAACUCCUACUGCAGGGUGAUAAUGUAUUGAAGGCAGGCUGUGCUGUUGUCACUUUUGACUUGGAGCGUGCUUAGAGAAACGCGGACAAAGGUUGUUUUAUGUUAAAGCAACAAUCUGAAUAAUUUAUUCUUCUGAACGGCUCUUGGCAUCAAAUGGUUAGGAAGGCUGCACAAUGACGAGGGAGAUUGGCUCAAGGUGGAUUAUGGUUCAGGUGGACAAUAGCAUCUGAAUGGCUUUGGACUGCUUUCCACCGCUUCAAAUCUUCUACAACUUCACUACAGCACUGAGAUUGCACGGCAUUUGAUUAGAAAAAUAAAAAUGCAGACGAUCAAUAAUUUCCCUGUGGAUUUUGUUUUGUUUUUUUUUAAUUACCAGUGCCAUUUUCUUUUCCUGUCACUGUAGCAUUGGCUAGAUUGGAACUCGAGAGCGAGACCCAACAUGGCUCGGCACUACAUUUACACCAUCAUCGAUGACUAGCUCCUGCGUGUAUCUUAAUAUCAUUGAAAUGAAGACAAACGAUUUAUCAAGCAAUGUUUAUAGGAAUAACUACAAUAGAGCGCAGACCUUUAACAAAAGGUCAGUUGAUGCUGAAAUUGCAAAUAUGAAAUUCCUGUAACUCUUGUCGGGGGCAUAGUACCACUGCCAAUUGUUUUUUUUUAAUUACGGUUCCAUUACAUUCUUACACGGUUUACUUCUUGGUUAGUGCAAACUGACAUUGAUCAGUCCACUAUUAAUCGUAUUACCGGUCUCUUCUGUAUGCUUUCACUUUCAUGUUUUCAGCUGCACUUACAACCAUGUGUAUUGGUUUAUGCCACUCUUUUCUGGUCACACUUUGUUAGCUUGUUGUUUUUUGUUUUUUUGGUUUAAAUGUGAAUGCAAAUGAUCCCUAAAAAACACCGAACAUGAAAUGAGAUUAUUUGUUUAAAUAAAAAGAUUAACCAGAACUUGAUGUGAGCUUUGUAAAGUCCUAGCGCAAACCUACAAAUGUACCACAUUGAUUUCCAAAGUCACUUUGUUUUAUUGCAUUACUGCAUCUCAAUUUUGUGUUGAGCUGCAUACAAUAAGCGGCUAGUAAAAUGCACUAUUAUAGUGAAAUCACCUUUUCUAUUCUAUUUCCCCCCCCCUCCCCCCCCCAAAAAAAUCCAUCAGGGAACUUGAAAAUUGCAAACAAAAUUUUUUUUGUUUGUUUUGAUAUAGGUGACCUGAGUGACACAAGCAUCAUAGUGACAGCUGUUUGCAUUUCCAGUAUGUACAAUACGUCUCACCUUGGACCAUCCCCAGUGAUGUUAAAAUCGCGAUCCAACACCUCCAUACACAUGCCAUCUGACGGCUUGAAUUAUUUAGAACGUUCACGUUUUAAAACUCACUCGGUCCACGAAAAGAAAAACUGUUAAAGAGGUUGCUGUAAAUCCAUUAGUGCAAGGUUCUUGCUGUGCAGCAUAAAUUGAGAUUAGAGAGAUUAGACUUUAAUGCUUCCUAAUGUCUGAAGCGUCCAACUCGGGCAUACCCCUUCCCAUCUCUGUCACUGUCUCUUCUCAACCGCUUGGACCCAUUGUGUGCUACCAUGAAGGCUCCUUUUGUCCUGCUGCUGGUCCUCUCUCUGGCUGGCCACACUGUUCUCCCCUGUUCUGUCUGCCAAGGCGGUGCCCUCAAAUGCCACACAUGCGCAGCAUCCAGCGAGGAUGACUGCAACAAACAAGGCUCCGCCUCCUGCCCGCAGUACGCUGAUGCCUGCGCCACCAUCACUGGACCCCACACCGUACUCAAGUCGUGCACCUACAAGGCUUUCUGUGACAAAGCUCACGGUAGCAACUCCGGUGCCAAGAUGGAAUGUUGUUAUGGCGACAACUGUAACGGCCCGCACAGGAGCCACAGCCAGGGAAACCAGCACCGCAGCGGCACGGCAGCUCUGUCCAGCAACCCCGUCCUGCUGCUCAGUGCCGUGCUCUUGCGUUUAUCCUUCAGCCACAUGUAAACACUCCCAACAACACUGUUUAUUGUAUUCGCCUAUGGUGAUUCUAUUUUAUCACACGAUUCAACCACCGCUCCCACUCGCUCUUUCUGCAGUGCCCCCACUGAGAUUUUUACAACCUCUUGAAUGUUAGGAUGAGUUCCUGCGUUCUUGUGGUUAUGGCAAUUUGAAGAGUGUGAGCUAUAAAAAAAAGUGAUGUUUAAUGGCAGUCUUUCAAGCCCAGUUAGUUCAUUGUCGCCUCAACAUGUUGGUUCUCAUCCACAUUUGGUGGGUUCUUUUCUUUCUAAAACCCGGACCUUUAUUUUCAACACAGACUGCAAUUAUAUUUGAUAGUGGUCAUAAUCUGCAUAUGCAUAACAUGAACAAUGUGUCAUUUUUAAAUGCUGCAAUAUUUUUUCAUCCGAUAAUAUUUACUAGAUCUCAUUAAAUAGUUUAAAAAAAACUUAAUAUGAAAGUCAAACAUUGGCUAUGUUCACACUGCAGAGCUUGAUGCCUAAUUUGAGUUUUUUUUUAAAUCCAAUCUUUUUGUUUAUAGCUAGUGCUAAUUUUCAACACCAGUCCCCAGUUGGACUCUUUCACAUUUGACACAGUAUAAUGUCAAAUAGAAAUCGGAGAAUGAGGCCGUAUCACACAAUUCAACAAUCAAUAACCAAUAUGGGUCCAACAUGGUGCCCGUGCGCCCCAGUUAGCACCCCGUGGACCACAUGAGUAGCCAAGCGGGCCUGUUAUAAAAUUAGCUCGCAAGUGAUAAGACAUUGUGGAUCCUAGGAAAGUUGUAGAAGUGAUCAUUUGAAUAUGGAAACACUUGCAGAUAUUUAUAGAAAUAAAGUGAUAAAUAAAAAUCUGAUACUACCUUGUUAAAUCGUUGAUAUUGUCAGAAAGGGGGAGUUCCAUUUAAUAUGUUCUUAAGCACCGGUUAAGCACCAUAUUCAAAUCUCAUUCGAUAAAACCGUUUUUUCUUGUGCUUGGUAUGUUUUUAAAUGUUUGUGUCUUUUAUCCCUCAUCAUUAUAGAAUAUGCACUUGACUACUGUUUGAGCCUCUGUGCAUGUCCAUCACUUAUUUUUAGUGGUAUGUAUAUUAUAAUAAGCAUGAGCGUGAGGAAUGGGUGCCCCCCCCCCCCCCCAAAUUGCUGUAAUACUGUGCUUAGUGCUUUAAUUGUUUUUAUUUGUUUCAUGUCAGCUUGUGUAAAUAAAAGUUACAGUGACGGCCAUA